AUGAUGCGACCCAGAGACCCCCGUGUCCGCCAGACUAUCAACCAGAUAUCUCAUAACCUCGAAACUGCAAAUGAGACGGCUCAAGAAGGACUGUAUACGUUCUCCCAUCACUACAUCCUACCAUGCUUUGCGACGAUAGGGAACUGCAUUUACGCAUGUGCCGCACCUUGCCUCCCGAGCCGGGAAGACCAGCUUCGUCGUCGGCGCAGGGGCCGCGCCGAGGCAAUUUUUGACUUCUAUGAUGAUUGGGACAAUGAUGAUGCCGACGACAGAUUACUGGGGUGGGGUACUGAUGAGCUUGAUCGCUUAUUAGCAGGCAGUGGGUUGACGCGUGGAAGUUCUGAACAGCCCCGCAGACAACGGAAGAUGAGUUAUGGCACGCGACGGGCAAGGAGAAAAAGUAGCGUGUUAGUUCCAGAUGAUCGGAAUGAUCCGACUGUUAUUCCAAGCUCGUCGUUUUUGGGUUUCCUGGAGCGCUUCCCAUGGAGGUUCGGGGCCCGAGGUUUAAAAUAUCAGCCCUCCGUGGCUGACCUGCAAGAGCAUCCUACCGGACUGCGGAUGCAUGCACAUGAAGACGAGCCUCUGAUGGAGGCAGAGGAGGAGAAUGAAGGACCGAGUUCCAACGGCAAAACCGGAAGGUACCGCAGCUCAACCCAGUCAUCACGAGAAACUGCAAAUUCUUUGAGUUCGCGUGGUGAUCUGAUCCCCAGCGAUGAGGAGGAAGAUGCGGUACCGUUAGAUGAUGAAUUUGCUAUGGCGUUAGGCAGCCGUCGAGGGACUGGUCUGGAGUCGGAAGAUCAGUUUAGUGAUAAGCCUGCGAGUAUGAGGUCUGUAUCAGGCUCAUUUAGCUUGGCGUCAAAAGAAUCGAAAAAGAAGAGAAAGAAGCGAAGCAGUCGACUACGAUCCCCUCAAAACUCUUAUAUUGAUGUCGCACAGGAUAUCACCGCUCCAUCAAUAGUUGAUCUACACAAGGAGGAGGAACAAGCAGAACGCCAGGAAGAAUCAGAGAUCAUAAGGAAACGACUUGCUGCGCGACAGCUGGCUUCAAGUCGCGGCCUGAGUCAAGCGAGAGACCAGUCCACUCCACAACCCCUUGUACUUCCCUCUCCAACUGUCUCUACGGAGACUGCUCUCCCUGAACUUUCCGUUAAUACUCCCCUCGAAUCAGCAGGAGAAAGUGAACUCUCCACCGGAAGAAUGUCUGGUGAUUUUUCGCAGACAGAACCAUUCCCGCCUCUACCGCUGACAUCACCGGCAGCAAGUGAAGGCCUGGAGCCUGAAGGCCAGCCGGACUCAGCAGAAAACAACAAAGAAGAUCCUCCGAAUCAUUGA